AAAUAUGAUAGAUGAUAUACCAAUUUUUAUCAAAUCUUUAUUAUUCAAAAUUAUUAAUUGUCAUAUUAUAUUUUAGCCAUAUUAGAUAAUUUUGUAACUUUUAUUUAAGAAAAUAAUAAAAAACAUUAAUAAUAAAUUUAUAGUUAGUUUAAUAAAAAAUUUACCAUAUAAUUAGAUGAACCAACCUAUUUCUCUAAUGAUUCUAAUAAUCAUCCUACUAAUGACAUGUAUGUACAAAAAGAAGUUGUAAUAUUUUUCAAUUAAUAUACAUGGGAUUAAUAUCAUGUAAAGCCCCACAUUACGAAUCCAUCUCUUAACAAUCUUGAUGCCUUUACUUUACUAUAUACAAAAUGAAUGACAUGUGUCUUUAUACAAAAAAAUAUUAUAAACGACCAUACAUUUUAUGUAACUAAAAGUUUCAUAUGUUUCAUAAACUUCUGAGAGUUGUAAUUCAUGUAUCUCAGUUCUUUUCAUUUACUACAAAUCGUGUAAAAUAUGUUUUUCUAUAUACAAAUAAACAUCUCUCAUGGUCAUAUCUGGUAUGACCAUACUCGACCAUCCUUCUUAUUACUAACAUGGUGAUGACUUUUUAAUAAACUUCCUCGGGUCAUUUCUCAUGUGUCAUGAAUUUUUUUUCUUCUAAAUGUCAUGAACUAUUUGUUUUUUUAACAGGAGCUUCAAAUGUGACCCGUAAUCCGCACGUGGUUUCCGUUUGUCCAAAGGUCCAUAAUCUGCACGUGGUUUCCGAUUGCCAACCAUCUAAUCCCCCUGGCCCGGAACCAGCCGACACUAAUAUCCAUUAUCCAAGGACCCGACACCAACGCCGCGAUUAACUUUAAACGUAGGGAGGACGUAAAGCAUUCCGUAGCCACAGGGAGUAUUCGAACUUGAGUCCGUAUUGGUGUUUUAAUUACCUCAAGACCACUAGCCCACCACCCCGUGGUUAUCAUGAACUAUUUGUUAAAUCGUAUUAGCCUUAUUUGAACUCCUGAUCUCUUUUUAUUAUAUGAUUACAUCUUUAUAUACUGAACACACAGAUGGAAUUUGGAGAAGAUGAAGAUGGGUGUAUUCAAAAUAUUACCUAAAAUAUUAGUCGUAUGUUAAAAAAAUCAUAAUAUUAUAUUCUUAUAAUUUUGUGAUUGUAAAAAAUUUUGGAAAACAUUUUGCAAGAAAAAAAACUAUCAAGGAAAGUCUAUUCCAAUAUUAAGCAAUAUUAUUCAAAAACAAAUUAAGGAAUAUACCCACAACAAUAUUGGUUGCACAUUUAAAACAUCAUAAUAUUGUAAUCCUAUAAUUUCGGGAUUGAAAUCAUUAUUGGAAACAAAGUAAUGGAAUAUACGGAAAAUCUGUUCUAAUAUAAAUCAUUGUUGUCUCUCUGAUCUUAUCAUUAACAAUCGUGUAAUUUUAAGGAAACAAUUGAUUUGUUGAAUCAUAUGACCUUCUUCUUUGAUUCGCCCUUAAAUAUAUCGAGCAGCUAUAAGCUUGAUCUUCACUGAGUUUCAACAUCGUAUGAGUGAUUAACCCCUUAUGAUUGUGUUUUCAUUUCCAUAACCUGAUGUCUCAAGCAACAUGCACCAAUCUUAAGAACUGAUUCACCGAUAGAAUUUGAUGAGAUAGAGGAGCACAUUUUUGGAUUUAACGAAAAAAUCUAGAAUUCACCUGAUUUUCGUAGAAUAGUUAGUUAGAGUAACAAGUUAGUUUACCUUUGCCCAAAAGAAACUUUAUGAAUCAACUAAUUAAACUCAAAAGCUAACUAAAUGAGACCCAAUAUAUCUUUUCUAGAUAGGCCUUUUUAAUUUUAACAAAAUUAUGUUCACUGUAUUUUUUUUCUUUGUCAACACAAGAUGUUUCAAAUAUAGCCCAAAAUUAUUUUUGUCUUUCAUUAUUUCUGAAUUUUAAUUUAAGUGUUAGAAAAUGUUAGGACUAUAAGAAUAUAAAAUAAUGAUGUCUCUGUAUAAAAUUAAAACAUAACAAAUACAAAGCUUUGAAUAUUUUUUAAUAGAUGUAUUAAUUUACAUAAACAAUCCAAAUUAUAUGCUUUAUAAGAAAAAUACAUUUGAAAAUGGUAAAUUUGUAAAACAAAAUGCCAAUUACCAAAUGAUUUAUCUAACAUACAACUUUAGUUAUUUGAGCAUCAAUAACUCAUAUCAUGAACAAAUAGAAAAAUAAACAUUUGAAAUACAUGAACAACCAUAAUUUUGUAACAUAAAAAGUAAAAGAAUAUAUGCGCGGUUGAGCGGUUAAGAUCUAGUUAUAUGACUGAAUAAAAAUAUAUUUCUCCAGCCGAAUAAUAAGCUCAUACCAACUUUUUGUUUGAUUCAGUAUUAGUAUAUUGCUCGGAGUUAUGGCUUUGUGAAAAAAAAAUAUCGUUCGGAGUUAUGCCUUUGUCAAAAAAAAAUAUCGUUUGGAGUUAUGGCUUUGUCAAACAUUUAUAACACGGCCAUAUUUCAAAGAGUUCACUUGGAAAUCAAUAAACAAUUCCUUAUAUAUUAACUGAGAAACAUAAAACAUGUAAUGUAUUUUUAUAGUUGUUAUAGAAAUAAGCUGGUCCGGUUAAACAUAUAUUAUUUUUUUCAUUAAACUAACUAUUAGUCUAUUACCUUAGAUAGUAAUCUACAAAAAAAUAUUUUUGAUUCUUUCCUUAAAUAAAAGAUAGGAAAUUAUCCAACAUUUUUUUAUUUUAUAACAAUUUUUGUAUUUAUCAGUUUUGUUUAAUUUUUUAUUAUUAAAAAUUAAACAAUCAUAUUAACCAUUUAAUAAAAGUUUAAUUUUUAUGUUAUAUUUUGAUUUAAAAAAUAUAAAUUACUAAAACUGUUUAAAAUUUUAUAUUACAAUUUUUUUGAUCAAUAAUUUAAUUUCUAUUAUAACAAAAUACAAACGAUCAUAAAAUUAUAUGAAUAGAAAAUCUCAUUUAACAGAUAUUUUAAUUAAAAGUUUCUCUAUUAAGAAAACAACCCGACAAAAGAAUCAAAAUUUCUUUUGAUUAUGACAAACCAGCGAAACAACAUUAACUAGGUAAUUUGUAAACACUGACUAUUUUGAAUUUCAUUUUUGUAUAGUAAAGAUAUGUCAUUUUAGACUAAUAUCUAUUUUGUCUAGGUUAUUUCUAAACAGACGAUAACAAGUACGUAUAAGAAUUUUUUUGGUAAAGAAAUUAGGAAAUUUUGUCUUUUUAGAGCAAACAAAUGAUAACUAUGUCUUUUUAGACUAAUAUAUAUUUUGUGUCAUUUUUGCCUUUAAUACCCUUUAAUAUUUUUGAAAAUAAAUUUCAUAAAUAGUUUUACAAACAAAAAAAAUUGGAAAAUAGUAACUAUUGAUAAAAUACCUAUAUAAACUUAGUGGUAUUUUUUUCAGUUCUAAAAAUGUUUAAAUCAUAGUUUUCAGAUUUUAUUCUAAAUAAAGUAGAAAUGGCAUUCUACGAAGUAGAAAACAAAAUCUAUUUUUUUUCAUUGAAUCUACAAUGUUUAGAAUACGUGAUCUACGUAAAUAAGAGUAUUCUAAAAAUAUUUAGAAUACAUAUUAUGCGCUUAACCUAACGAUCUAAAAUCUUUAGAAAUCAAAAUCUACACAUUAAUAUAAAUCUAAAACACUUAAAAACCGAUUUCUACAUAUUUACUGUAAAUCUAAAAUAUGUAGAAAUCAAAAUCUACACAUUACUAUAAUUUAAAAAACCUGUAGAAACCGAUUUCUACAGAUUAGCUGUAUUCUACGGAUAAGAAAUCAGUUCCUAAAAAUAUGGAAACAAAAUAUUUGAGAAUAUUCACUUUCAUAUUUUGAAAAAAAAAAAUCGAUUUUUUUUUAAAAUGAAAAAAAACGUGGUAACCUUCUUCUCACGCCGUCUUCUAUAUUCCAUUGAUUGUUCACAAAAAUUUCACAUUAUUUCUACCAAAUCAGUGUGAAAUUGAGUGAGUUAGGGUUUAGGAACUUGAGACUUUGAUUUUCUCCUCCGUUGUUCGUGAAGGAGAUGAAAAAUUAUGGGUUUCAUCCCAAAGAAAUCGAGUUUAAAGAGUUAAAAUCAUGUUUGGUCGGUUCAAAUCAAGUGGGAAUCAAACCGAGUAUAACCGAAAAAAACCAGGAAAUCGAUAUGGAAUACUUAUCUGGGCACGGGAUCAAUCGGUCGAUAUGUAUGAAAUUGAUCUUUGCCGAUCGAGUGAAAUGGACCAUGCCGAUCAGUAUAUGCUCCGCGUUUUUUUGUUCUGCAUAACUUUGACCUUAUAAUUUCGGAUCGAUCGAUCCCGCUUGAUCGAACCCAUUAUUUAUUAUAUUUUAAAAUUACAAUUUUAAGGGCAUUAUUGCCAUUUUGAAAAUAAUUAAUCUAAUAUGACAUAAAAUAAAUGAGAUUAGUAUAAAAGGACAUAGUUAUCAUUUUUUUGCUCUAAAAAAGCAAUUUUUCCCAAGAAAUUAUAUAAGAAUCAGUCAAAAGAAAUUUUAUAUAAGAAGUUAUAAACAAGAAAGAAAACAUAUAAAAGGACCUAAAUUCAAAAGGGUGAGGGGUCAGAGUCAGACGAUGAUAGGAGAUCAGGGAUUCGAGGAAUAUCAUGAAAUUGGGUAGUUAAAUAAUCGAAUAUAUUUAUAAACUACAUCACCUACUAUGGGGAUCUUUUGCCGAAUAAUACCUUUUGGAAGCCAAAAAAUGAAGCUUUUGUAUUUUAGGUUUAUAUAAUAAAUUUAUUAAUUAAUAUUUUAUGGAUGAUAUGCUACUAACUAAGAUAGUCUAUAAAACUUACAAAACUAAUUAGGAAUUUUUUUAACAGAAAUGAUUCACAUAAUUAAAACAUAUGCGUAAGUCCAUAAAAUAAAAUUGAUCUGCGAAAAGGAUCGUCACUUGUGAGUUGUGACCAGUGUUUUGAAACGACCCGGACCUGCGGUUGAACCAAUAAACUCGGUGAUUCAGAAAAAAAUUAGUUUAGGUUUUAUGAAAAUCCAAUAUUUAGAAACCCGCAAAAACCCACAAAAACCUACUAAAACCCAGAAACCGAUACCGGUUGAAGCACCGGCUGAACCAAUAAAUAAUUUUUCUCCUUUUUUUUUUAAUUUCUAGAUUAUAUUUUAUAUUCUAAGUUUUCAAUUAAAAAGUUAGGUGCUGACAAAAAAAAGUUAGGUUUUCCCUUUUCAGUUUUAUAUUUGUGAUUUUUAGAUUAUGAUGAAGAUUUUUUACGAUGUCACCUAAAGAAAAUGAAGUGAACGAUGAUAGAGAAAAUCAAAAUUAGUUGAUGUCAUUUGGUGUUAGUUUAUUUCUGUUAUUUAUAAUUUAUUACAAUGAUCUUUUACUUUUAGUUUAUUUUGAAUUUGAAGUUAAUUUAUUAUUCACAUUAGAUAUUUAAAUAUUUGUAAAUAUUAUAUCUUGAUUUUUAGAUGUCAUAAUUCUUACUUUAUGACAUAAAAUUUUAAAUAGUCUAAACUAUUUUUUUUUGAUAUUUUGUAUAUCAAAUGAUAAUAAAUAUAUAAAAACUAAAGUUAAGUAUUUAUUAAAUACUUUUUAAACAUAAAGUAUAUACAUAUCCAAACUAUUAUUUUAUGUUUUAAAAAAUAUUUAGAAAAUAUUAAACUUUAGUUUUUAUAUUUUUUAUUUUCAUAGCUAAUAUAUUAUUAUAUAAUAAAAUUAAUUAAUUUAUUAAUCUGUGGUUCAUCCGUGGUUGAUCUAAUGAUCCAGCAAUUCGGUAAAUCGUUUGGUUUAGUGUCCAGGUCGAGUUUAAAAACAUUGGUUGUGACUGUUCUUGGUUGUCGCACACUUAUUUACUUUGUUUGGUAGCAAGUUUGAAAACGGACGUCUCAUCUAUCUAUAACUAUCUAAAAAAACAACUAAAAUACUUGGGUUAUUCGUCAAACAAAAAGGUCACUUAAUUCAUUGUUUAUAGUAUUUUAAUAUAUUUUUUUGACAUCUAGUAUUGAAAUAUCUAUGUUUUAUUUUUUUAACUUUAUAAGCGGAUCUCAGAGGCUAUACAAAGAUCAAUUAAUAAAAAAAAUAUCUAUGUUAUUAAAUGCCGCUAUACGCAUAAUGUUUUCUUUCAUUCAAAGAUUUAAAGUUUACGUCAGAAAUAAAUUGUAAAUUGUAAAUAACUUUACAAAUUUUAAUUAUUUUGUUUCCUUUUUUUUUACGAGAAAUUGAAUAUAAAAUAACUAAAUAUUAUUGGUUGGUGAACUCUUAGGAGAUGAACUUAAUAAUAACUCAUUACUAAUCGAUUUAAGUGAUCAUUAGAAUUUCUAAGAAAAAGAUAAGUCAAGAGAGUUAUUAUGCCUUUGGCCGGUAACCAUCACAUGAACAAUAGGAACAUAUAAAACAAGAAUGGCUCUGACCGGUAACCAUCAUUAGAAUUUCUAAGAAAAAGAUAAACAAAGUGAGUUCUUUUUGAAAUUCGAAAUUUCUUUUUGAAAUUCGAAAUUUCUUUUUGAAAAUAUUUUUUAAUUUAAAAAAAAAACUUUAAUUAUUUAUUUAUAUAUUUAUUAGAACCCUAAAUUUCACAUUCUAAAUUGUACAUACUUCUCAAGUCUAAACUCUAAUUCUAGAUUAGUUAACUCAAUGGUUAUAAAUAUUUUUUCCCCUUUAAAAGUAAAAAUAAAAAUAAAAAUGAUUAAGAUAAACAUAAAAAGUGGUAUUAUGAAUGUGGUAUUUUUGACAAUUUUUCAUUUUUUAAACCCCUCCCCCUUGCAAUUAAAAAAUAACAUGGAAAUCAACUGACUACUGGUAUACAGCUUUCACCUCUUAUUAGAAUUUUAGGAAUAUUUUCUAUAAUUUUAGGAGUCUUUUUGGUAAAUUUGGUAAAUAAUUUCUAAAAUAUAGUAAAAUCUUUCGUACUGUUUAAAAUUUGUUCUUUACGGCAUUUAUUUAAUCUUUAAUACUCGACUCGUAUUUAUAAAUACUUUCUAGAUGUUUAAAUUGUUUAAUAAACUUAAAACAUUUUUCUAAAUAAAAUGUUAGAAGUAAACAAGUUUUUACAAGGGAAAAUUUGAGAAAAUACAUUUAUCUGAGAUUUUAUUUUAAAAAAUGUACUUCGAUUUAUAUUUUUUUUUAAAUACAAUUUAAUUUAUGUUAAAAUAAAAUCUCAGAUAUAUAUAUAUAUAAUCAUUUUACAAAUUAUUUUCUUUUAGAUAAUACUCUUAAAUCUACGUAAUAUAAUAUCUUAUAAUACUAUAUUUUAGUUUAUUUUGAUGAAAGUACUAAAAUGACGUUUUCCAUUAUCUCUAUCUCCUCAUUUCUUUCAAUUCUUCUUCUGUGUUUCUAUUUAUUUGUAUCAUCUUCUUCUUCUUCUUCCUCUAGUUCUCCAUUUUUUGUAGCGCUUAUAUGUGUAUUAUUUUGUUUCAAUGUUUUUGAGGUGUAAUUUGAUUUUGUCUCGCCAACAUCUAUAGGUGCGUAGAUUUAUCAUGUAAAGGUAAUAAUGUUAUUACUACAUCAAUUGACAUAAAGAUCCAAAUAAACUUUUUUAUAGUCUUUUGUUUUUCUUUAGAUUCAGAAGACAUCAAAAGUAAUAUCAUUUAUACAGUACAAUGAUCCUUAUACAGUACAAUGAUCUAUGUAUAUUGCUUGAUGUGUUUCAUGAGUGACGGAUCUUCUACGUUCCAGUUCUCUGUAUCUCAGAGACGUCAAAGCAAGUUCCCAAAGCAUUUAUAAAAUGCUUAACACACCAUACAUGAACAGAACUCAAUGUCAACAGUAAGUUAGGAUACUUUUCUUCUGAAAUUGACAGAAUGAAGAAAAUAAGCAUAUACAUCCAAUAAACUACUACCACCAAUUCUAUAAUUUGAUGCUGUUCUGAUUAAAAAAAGGGUUCCUAGCUAUUGGAAGAAUCUACGAAGGUACAUGAAAUCACAAAAGUGUAUUAUCAUAAACAUUAUCAGUAGUAAUAGUUACAUCAAAUAUGUAUUUUAGUUGUCAGAGUAUGUAUAUUUUUUUAUCAAAUUUGGAUUAAAAUGUUUUAUCACAUUUCAAAAAGUAUAGUUUUCAAAACUUAAAAAUACAAGUAUAUUCUCCAAAUUUCAAACUAUAAAUAGGGUAUUUUCAAAUUAUCCUUUUUUACAAUCCAAAUAAAUGAUAUAUAUGAUAUUUUUUGAAAGAAUGCUAAAUUAUUUCAAACAAAAAGGUUAUUUACACUUUGUGUUACAUUGGGAUUGAAAUUUUUCUUAAAAUCAAAUACUAAGCUUCAAGUAGCUAUUGAGUUGCAAACCAUAUGGCUAAUUAAACCAUUGGGAUUGAUAUAUAUGAUUUUUUAUGGUUUAUGUCGUGUUUGUACAUAAAACUUGUUUUGAUGUUAUCUAUCAUACGAUAAUUAUAUACAUAUGUGUAUAUAUAUUUGUGUUUUUUUGCUAUGCUUAUAUAAUAAUCGCCUCUGAUUUAACACCUUUUCGAUUAAAAUGAAAAAAAAAACUACGUAAUAUUCCCGUUAGAAUAAAUAUAUAUAUAUAUAUAUACAGCGUGGAAAAUACAAAUACAUGAACAAGAUCCAAUCUAAUAAAAAUUAUUAUAUAUAAAGUGUACCGGUCUGAUUAUUUCCUCGACACACUAUCACCAACAAACUCCUUAGAGGAAAGAAAACACAUAAUCAUAGAUGUUUUACUAUGUGAUUAUUCUCUCUUUAGCUCUCUUUCUUGUGGCUUACAAACUCAUAUUCUCAUCCAAAAAGCAACGUUUCAACCUCCCUCCUUCUCCGCCUUACGCUCUCCCCAUUCUCGGCCACCACCUCCUCAUCAAACCGCCGGUCCACCGUCUCUUCCACCGCCUCUCAAAGACCUACGGCCCAAUCUUCUCCCUCAGAGUUGGCUACCGCCGCACCGUCGUGAUCUCCUCCUCCUCACUGGCAUCAGAAUGCUUCACGGGCCAAAACGACGUCCUCAUCUCGAACAGGCCUUGUUUCCUAACCGCAAAAUACGUCGCAUACAACUACACAACCGUCGGGACCGCUCCUUACGGCGACCACUGGCGUAACCUCCGCCGCGUCUGCUCCCUUGAAAUCCUCUCCUCGAACCGUCUCACCAACUUCCUCCAUAUACGUAAAGACGAAAUACGCCGCAUGCUCACGAGACUCUCACGUGAGGUCGACAAAGAGAUCGAGCUAGAGCCGCUAUUGUCUGACCUAACGUUCAACAACAUCGUGAGGAUGGUCACGGGGAAGAGAUAUUACGGAGACCAAGUCCAUAACGAGGAAGAAGCGAAUCUUUUCAAGAAACUCGUCGCCGAUGUUAACGACUGUAGCGGCGCGAGACACCCCGGAGAUUACUUGCCAUUUUUGAAAAUAUUCGGAGGGAGCUUUGAGAAGAAAGUGAAAUCUGUUGGAGAAGCCAUGGAUGAGAUCUUGCAGCGUUUGCUUGAUGAGUGUAGAAGAGACAAAGGCGGUAACACAAUGGUUAACCAUUUGCUCUCUUUGCAACAACAGGAGCCAGAGUAUUACACCGACGUUACUAUCAAAGGCUUAAUGCUGGGUAUGAUGAUAGCCGGAACAGAUACCUCUGCCGUAACCCUAGAAUGGGCGAUGGCGUGUUUGCUAAACCAUCCAGAGUCACUGGAAAAGGCAAAACAAGAGAUCGACGAGAAAAUUGGACAAGAACGUUUGAUCGACGAACCAGACCUAGAAAAAUUGCCUUACCUUCAAAACAUAGUGUCCGAAACAUUCCGGCUAUACCCUGCUGCGCCGCUCUUAGUGCCAAGAUCGACGACAGACGAUAUCAAAGUCGGAGGGUACGACGUUCCACGUGGAACGAUGGUGAUGGUGAACGCGUGGGCUAUACACAGAGAUCCAAGCCUCUGGAAUGAACCAGAGAAGUUCAAACCGGAACGGUUUAACAUCGGAGAAGGAGGAGAAGACGUUCAUAAGCUAAUGCCAUUUGGUAAUGGACGGAGAGCGUGUCCAGGAACCGGUUUAGGGCAGAGGAUCGUGACGUUGGCGUUAGGAUCGUUGAUUCAGUGUUUUGACUGGGAAAAGGUCAAUGACGAGAAGAUCGACAUGACAGAGACUCCGGGGAUGGCAAUGCGUAAGAAAGAGCCUUUAUGGGCCUUGUGUAGUUCUCGGCUCAUUAUGAAUGAACUUCAGGCUCACUCAUAAGGUUUCUGAAGCUAUAUAUGAAAUGUUACUCGAAUGAAUGGAAAUCUACGUUUGCUUCAUUUCAAUGAAUUUCUAAUGGUUAAAUUCUCUCUUCUGUUUUUUUUCAAUGCAAAAUUACUUAACGAAAAUUGUCGGGGAAAAAAACUUUCUGUUGAUUUAAGGUGUCUUUAAUCAUUGGCCUAUGGCUUAAUUAAAAAAAAAAAACUCCGAAAGACCUAUUUUAAUAGAAAUAUACUCCCUCUGUUUCUAAAAGAUAUAUUUUAGUGUUUUCACACAUAUUAAAAAACACAUUAAAUUAUUAUGGUAAAUUUAUCGUUUUCUGUAAUUUUUAAUUUUCAAUAACUUUUAGUCAAUAGUAAUCUAAUAAAACCAAUUAAUUUUCUUUAAAUUUGUAAUUUUCUCAUAAAAAACAUAAAAUAUACAUCUUUUUGAAACAAAAUAUUUUUUCAAAACAUGGAGUAUAAUUUUGUGGAUGGGGAAUUCAGACCGGUCAACAAACAAGUGAUAAAAAUGAUAGAUUUUGAUUAAAUGAAACGGAAAGCCAAUGAUUAUAGAAAAAGGUAAUCGAGUUCAAAGUAAAAGAAAUUGGUGACUAUUCAUUAUUCAAAGAAAAUAUCGUCGUACAUAAAUUAUGUACGCGGAGUUACUAAAUUUAUAGACUAAAUCUGCUUUUUAUCCGCAAGCCUUUUAUUUAUCUAUUUUUGGUAAAAUAUGCCUUUUAUUUAUGAAAGUGGGACUCCAUCAAUUUUAGGAAUAGAUUGUUGGUUUAAGUCAUCAUUUUCAUAAAAUUAUGUAGAUUUUAGUGAUUGGUGCGGUUACCUCUUAUUAGGUUCAAUAUUCACUAUACUAUCAUGGGUCGAUGGAAUUCGCCAACCUUGUCAGCUGGUGAUGGACAUUUUUCAAGGAUACAGCCGUCUUCACAACAACAUGACUACAUCUCCGCAGAUCGUUAACAUGACUAGUUGAUCCGUAAGACUAUAUAUCGUAGCAAGGAAAUAAACGCAAGAAGUUUCCGAAUCUUUUGCCAGCUAACAUGGAAUUCGCGAACCUCGUCAGGACAGACUGUAUCCUUUAAUUUACAGAGACUAAACUAGGAGGAGUAAACAUGACAUUGUAUAUGUAAGGAUGGCUGAAAGGACUGCUUGAAGCAUAGUGAGCUUGCUUGCUUUGGAGAGGAACCGGGUUUACCAGCUAACAGCGCAAUGUUGAAUUUUAUCGACUAUAGAGGUAAACAGAUCUUUUUUUCUUCUUCCAAAAUGUUAAAGAAGGCUUAAGUAUUUUCCUAAUCCCCCUUCUUUAGCAAUAUCCAGUGAGGUCUUCGCUGCUUGUCUCAUAGAUUAUGUUGUUGUGAGGACUUGGCAGUAUUUAUCUUCUGUCCAGAAGCUUCCUCGUACUUAAAUAUGAUAUUGCAUAGAGCUUCACAAUCGGCAGGUGAGGCAGCACAGAAGAACAUCUUGUCAUCAGCAAAUAGUUGAUGUAAAGACUGCCACUAGCUGUUCUUAUGCCCUGGAGUGAAGUAUCUUUUGCUGCAUUUCUGCAUAGGCCCGAGAGGACUUCUCCACAAAGAAUGAACAUAUAUUAUCCUUUCAAUCUAACAAUUCAUUUUUAAUCCUUGAAAAAAUCUUAAAUCUAAACUCAGACAUGAUCAAUGAAACAAAAAUUAUUAAUUUAAUAAACUGCAUUAAGAAAUCAAUAAGAGAGAUAAAGGAGUUCGAAAUCUUCGUUUUACUAAAUACUGAUUUGUCUCCGUAAAAACUCUAAACCACUAAAUCUGAUAUAAAAUAAAGCUUAGCCUAAAUAAUGGCUUAAAUAAUAAAUAUAGGUUUAAAACACGUCAAAUUUAGUUGCAUAUAGUGGAAAAUUUUGGGCAAAUCUUCAGCUAGUGAAACUUGAUAAAAACUCAUGGGAACAUUUGAUCGUGAUGUUUGUCGACAUACACCAAUGGGUGGUGUGGAUCGACACCAAUUUUGUUUAAAACGUAUCUAAAUCUAUAAUGACUCAUAAAACUUGAAACAUAAUACUCUAAAUCAAAUUUAUAUCAUAGUCGAAAACUCAUAAAACCAUGAUACAUAUGUACUAUUGAUGUACCACUUGUAUUAUUGUUUCCCUAAUUUUAAAUUUAAUCAAAUUAAAAAAGGCAAUCUUGUUUAUCAAAUUAAUAAAAGUUAUUCUUAUCAGACAGAAAACAAAACAAUUGAUUUGAUAUGCCUUUCAACCAGGAGUCCCUUCCAGGAUUUGAGCGUAUAUGAGACAUCUGUUCGUGUAAGACAAGGCUAGGAAUCUACAGUGAAAUUCUCUCUUGCUUUUGGUCUAUUUACUCUUUCUCUAAUCAUUUUGGGUCUUAAAUCAUUGCUUCAGAACCUAGCAAUUAUAGAGUAGAGUAUUAUUUUGUAACUGAACUUUUCAAAAAAUAUUCCUAAUACUAAAAGAUACUAUGUGUCAAAUACCUAGAAUAGUCACAAAUUUUUAAUAAAUUAAAGAGCUAGCGACUGUAUGUUUAACGACCUUUUCGAACUCUUUAACUCCAUGCCCAUUAAAAUCAUAGCUGUAUAAUCUUUGAUAAUUUCCUGAUAUUUCAAUAGAAUACAUUUUAACCAAAAAACAAUUAAGUCAAUAACACAUCGAUCGCAGUAAGCAGACAAAGUGCCUUUGUCGGCAUCUAUUAACAACAAGCACGUUUCCCAUACAACUUUUUCCCCUACCUAAAUAUUCGGAAUUUUCUGCAACUUUAUGUAACCCUCCACUAGACACGAACAAAAACCGUGGCCCGGCCCAAAGUAAGUAGUUUGGAUUGGUUGCUGUUCUGUCAAAUAACUCGAAUGAGUUUUGUAUAUAUUGUUUCGAUUUUUGGUUCGGCUUUUAUCCCAUAACCAAAUCAAAAUAACUGAUCACAUCCGGUGGCUGAUCAAAAAAAUAUUUUGAGUAGGGGCAUUUUUUUUUGAGUAGGGGCAUUUGAGUAGGGGCAUAAAAAUAACUAAUUAAUAUUGUUAUAUGAUAACAUUAUAUAGGGGCAUGAAAUUCCAAUCCAAAGAAAGGUGAAACUUUAAGUUUUAGAAGAGGAAAAUCCGAACCCAAACCAAAUUAAAUCCGACAUAAUAUCCGAAUAGAACGUGUUCUAAAGUGAAAUUUUAAGUUUUUUCACUUAACAAUCAUUUUUGUUCAUGCCACCAAAUGAUUGUUAGUGAAAUUUAUUUUGUGAACUAAUUGUGUAAUUUUGACUCAAACAAGUAUUUGAAUAACAGAAAGUCAAAUUAGAAUAAAUCUGAAUUUAAAAUGGGUUCAACCGGAUUUUUGAUGUGUUAUUAUAUUCGAAUUGAACCCAAAGAAAUCUCAACCACAAUUUAAGAAUAACUAAAAGGAGUUAAAUUUCAUAUUAACGUAGAACCAAAACCCAAUUGAUCGAGUAAAACCCGAAUGGACACCUAAACGCCUAUGUCUAAUAUAACAUAAAUCUAUUAUAUAUUUUUAGUAAGGAUAUUCAUUAGAAGAAAAAAUAAAAUAA